UUGUCAGUUUUAUUCAGAAUUUGUUAGUGUGUGGAGGUCGAUACGGUAGAUUUCUACAAGAUUUCGUAUUUUAUGUGAAAUAAACAAGUUAAACUAAAUUAUUUGAUUUUAUUAAAAAAAAUUGUUUGCAGUGAAUCUCUCUAGUAUAUUAUUUGUGUUAUUAUGAGUCAUUCUAAUGAAAAAAGGCAAAUACGUGUUUGGUGUGAUGGGUGCUAUGACAUGGUUCACUUUGGACAUGCAAAUUCAUUAAGACAGGCAAAAGCAUUGGGUGAUGUGUUGAUAGUUGGUGUUCACACAGAUGAAGAGAUAGCGAAACAUAAAGGGCCACCAGUGUUCACUCAAGAGGAGCGAUACAAAAUGGUUCGAGCCAUAAAAUGGGUUGAUCAGGUGGUUGAAGGUGCCCCUUAUGUCACAACUCUUGAGACAUUGGAUAAAUAUCAGUGUGACUUCUGUGUACAUGGAGAUGACAUCACAGUAACAGCAGAAGGAAUUGAUACAUAUCAUUUAGUCAAAAGUGCUGGUAAAUAUAGAGAAGUGCCUAGAACAGCCGGUGUAUCUACAACAGAUCUUGUUGGAAGAAUGCUAUUACUCACCAGAGAACAUUUCAAGAGAGGUGACAAAGAAUACACCGUGGCCCUGGACCACUCGUCUAAUCUCGGGACGGACUCAACCGCGCGGUCGCCGUAUACGGGAUGCUCACAAUUCUUGCCGACCACACAGAAGAUUAUACAGUUUAGUAGUGGGCUAUCGCCGAAGCCGACCGACAAGGUGGUAUACGUAGCUGGUGCGUUCGAUUUGUUCCACGUCGGCCAUCUUGACUUUUUGGAAGCUGCGCACGCACAGGGUGACUUCUUGAUCGUCGGUCUACAUACGGACCUAGAAGUGAAUAGAUACAAAGGGUCUAACUAUCCGAUAAUGAAUCUGCACGAACGCGUGCUAUCAGUGCUCGCGUGCAAGUACGUCCACGAAGUGGUCAUCGGCGCGCCGUACAGCGUGACCGCGGACCUCAUGGACCACUUCAACGUGGACGUUGUGUGCCAUGGCGCAACGCCGAUCGCGCUGGACGCGGACAAAAGUGACCCGUACCAGGUGCCCAAGCGACGGGGCUGUUUUAAGAUCUUAAAUUCUGGCAACACAAUGACAACAGAGGACAUAGUGCAAAGGAUAAUACGUCAUCGGCUUGAAUUUGAAGAAAGGAACACGAAGAAGGAAAAGAAGGAAAUCGCCGCAAUGCAAGCCCUCGAGAAAAAGCCAACUCAAAAUGGGGAUUGUAAGACAACGAAAUCGGUAGUAGUAUAAAUAAAUCUAUGGAAUUCUAGAUAAUUUUUUAACUUUUCUCCUGUAAAAUUAAUGUUUGAAAUUAAAUUGUGCUAUUAAAUGGUUAUAGAUAUGUGAUGCCAUAAUCAUGGUUGGUGAAUAUUAUGUAAUUUAUUGCUUAUAGUAUUUAAUAGUUUUCCGUUAAAUGUUAUACACUUAUAUAUUCCUGUAUUAAUAUAAAUGUACAAACAUUAUAUUUAGAAACAAAUGAAUUCCAGUGUUCUGUUGCUUUUAAAUAAAUAAAAUAUUAAACUAUAUGUGUAGUUUGUGCGCGGCCAUAUUGAGCCAGUAAACACCAAAAACUUAUAUAGUUAAGAAUAUUAAUAUAAUUAUACUCAAAAUGUUAUAACCAUGUGCUUUAUUAUUUCCUGUACAAUUUUGUAAAUACUCUAUUAUUCCAUAGAUAAGCUAUUUUUGUCGUGUAAUUUAAUU